AUGCAUCCACAGCGCAGCACCCAGGCCGGGGGUUCCCGCCACACCUGCUCUUUGAUGCUGGACAGGAGCAGAACUGGCACGCAGGGUCGCCACGGCUGGUCUUCCAACCUCUCCUUCUGCUGCAGACCUGCCUUCCACACAGAGACCCGGCUGAGCUGCUCCCGGGCAGCAUUCAGUACAACCGGUAGUCACCGGCUUUCUCCAGUCCAGGGGAAGGACUCGUGCUUUGUGCCCUCGCUUCAUUGUCAAGAGAAGGUUCCUCCCAGAGCGGACAUUCAGCCAUGCCAUCGAGAGGUCUUUUCCUACUGUGCACCCAGAGAUGCCAAUGCACCUGGAAGCUGCUGCACAGGAGGAGGACUGCAGAGCACGGUGGGCACUGAGGAGGAAGCCAGAGCAACGGCCAGGAGGAAUCGAGAAGAGAGCCCACCCUCGGAGUGCAGGGCCGGGGCUCUGGCUCAGCAGGCGGGCCGGGGCUCUGGCUCAGCAGGCGGUUAUGGUGGUCCACGCGGCCAGCUAGACCGCAGGCCGUGGUACCCAGAGGUCUGGCAAACCACUGUUCUGGGAGUCGCUGUGAAGGCAUCUAUUUUGAAGAGGAAACAUUUAACCUGCACACCUGGAGGAAAGGGUGGACCUUGUACAAGCAGAGGCUGGACUCAGAGGCAUACUGACCUCCUGGGAGAGGGGGUUCUGCCAGCUCCUGGCCCAGACUCAGGCUGCGGUUUGUCCAGGCCUCUGGCUACCACCCUUUCUGCAGAACGUGGUCUCAUCAGCCUUCUCUCCAGAGAGGAUACAGCAUGGUUCAUGAUGUUGGAUCCAGCAGAGAUAGUGGCCCUGACCCCUAACUGUCAAGGAGGAGAAAAGCAACUGGCAGGAGACUUACUAAGAGAAGUUACAGCAUCAUCGUCACUUUCUGCAAGGAUUCAACACAACAUCAUUCGUCAGCACCAGCUCCCCAAGCGUAAGAAGAGAGUAGAGUGGUCAGGAGGCAUCGGCAUCGAGACUGGUGUGGCUCUCUCCAGAGUGUGACACUGAGUGACACAGACACAAGGCCUUGCUUGCCAACUCACGGGCAUCUGGAGAACCAGCCUGAGGAUAAGUAUGGGGAGUUUGAGAAACAAAGUUUCAUUCCCAGGAUGUCCUUCCUGGGGGAAAGCUUUACAGGUAAGACUGCACAGUGUUGGGUGACACUGGGUUUGGUGCAGAGACCAGGAAGCCUGGUACACAUGGGGUCAAGGAGAGCAGGGGAUCGCAUGCCUCACAGAGCAGACUUGUCCAUUUCUGCACUCUUGAUGUCCAGCCUGGGAUUCCCUCAAGAAGAGGCAACACUUGCCUCUGAGAAAUUCUCACAUUUCAUAUCAGAAAGCAGCAUUUGGCAAUAAAGGACUUUUGAGAAUGCACACAUACGGGCGAUCAG